CUAUUCCAGAAGCAAGAAAUAACUGUUUUCUAUUUAUAUUUAGGGUUACUUUUUGCAGGGCAAACAAGCUGUGUUUCAACGGCGUCUGUGCACUGACGUAGAGGGCGCUUGAGCGAAAAUUGAGAUCCACACCCAAUAGCCUCGACUCAGCGCCAGCUACGGAAUACCCAGUACGGAGAGAGGAUUGCUGAAAGUCAGGCUCGAAAUUCAAUACGGGCUGCUUGGGUAUCAGAUUUUAACAGCAAUAUUGAAUUGCUUUGUCCUGACCGAGCGUGUCCAGCACCGUCAUUUUGGUCACUGGCGAAGACGGGUACUUGAUGAAACAUAUGCAUCAAUGGGGUGGCCGGUGUGCAACGAGACGCUGCAGGCGGAGCGAGUCUCCGAGGUCCCUCUUUGGGAUGGGGGCAUCACUUUCCAUCAGCUUGGCCUCAUAAUAUCUGCCACGUUCUCCCUGAUCGCCGUGCUUGUAUCCGUUUACCUCGUCUUCCAACAUGCCGUACACUACCUCCGGCCUCAAGAACAAAGACACAUCAUUCGAAUUCUGUUUAUGGUUCCUAUUUACGCCGUAGUAUCCUUCCUCUCUUUCUACCACUACCGGCACACCGUAUACUUUCAGGUUCUCCGAGAUUGCUACGAGGCCUUUGCCAUCUCUGCUUUUUUCUCUCUUAUGUGCCACUAUAUCGCCGACGACCUGCACAAGCAGAAAGAAUAUUUUCGAGGUAUCGUUCCAAAGCCGUGGUACUGGCCAUUGGACUGGUUUCAGAAAUGCUGCGGCGGUGAAAGAGGCAUUUGGAGGACUCCCAGGAGUGGGUUGACAUGGUUCAAUAUUAUCUGGACAGGAGUAUUCCAGUAUUGCUUUAUACGAGUGGCUAUGACUAUCGUCGCUGUUGUGACGCAAAAGUUCCAUGUUUACUGUGCAGAGUCGUUAAGCCCUGCUUUUGCGCAUUUAUGGGUCAUGGUCAUCGAAGUUAUCUGUGUCACAGUUGCCAUGUACUGUCUGAUCCAGUUUUACAUUCAACUGAAGGAGGACCUUACACCACAUUCUCCUUUUAUGAAGAUCCUUGCCAUUAAACUCGUCAUUUUUCUUUCAUUCUGGCAGGAGAUUACAAUAUCCUUCCUCACCUCGUCCGGCGCAAUCAAGACUUCGAGUCAAAUGGGAUUGCCAGACAUCAAACUUGGUAUCCCUUCUACCCUACUUUGUGUUGAAAUGGCUGCAUUCGCUAUUCUCCAUCUCUGGGCCUUCCCUUGGAAGCAAUACAGUCUCAUCAAUUCAAAACAUACGAACGCUCCUGAGGACGACUUCGAUGCACCACGCAUGGAAUCCUACCAAGGUGGGUUCCUCGGGAUCAAAGCACUUAUAGAUGCAUUUAACCCUUGGGAUCUUAUCAAAGCAAUCGGAAGAAGUGCUCGAUGGCUCUUCGUGGGGAGAAAACAUCGACAGUUUGAUCCGAGCUAUCAGGGCCAACCAGGAAGUUCGUUCACCGUCAAGACACCGGCAGUAAGGAUGCAGGAGCAAGGUACAGCGUACCUGGGAGCGCAAUCGGGCGAUGAGAUGAUGAUGAUGCAACCGGCGAGUCGACAGUAUGACUCUUAUGGCGGUGAAAGGGACGAGUUACUCGCGAAUGCUCAGGAUAACCCUGUUACGGAUUAUCCACCACACACAUUGAAACGUACUGGAUCACAAUGAGUGAUACACCGGAAAAAAGCAGAACACAAUGCUAUGUUUAAAUACGUUGGUACAUGUGCUCAGGUUAAUUUGACUGCGAAGAUUCUAGGGCGGGAGCAACUUUUUAUCCCUUCUUAAUGAUACCAUUGUCUUUAUGUAUAUUGUGACCCGAUAAUAUUUAUUUACAGAUAUGCUCUCAGGGUUGCAGAGAAAACUCGGUAGAUACACAAAUAAACCUGACUGGCUCGGGACUUGUCAAUUUUUUUAUUCAUGUCUAACCAACCUCUCUAAGAUUCGUAAAUUUUCAUUAGCGGGUUCAUUCCCGAAGCAUCGCUUCACUUAUAUCCUUCAUGCGCCUGGCUAGAGGAGAAUAAACGCCAUUCUCCACUAGCAAUCCAAAUCAAUAACCAAUAUGGAGGUAAAGUAUAAGCACAAAUUAACCUAAUUCACCACAUAGCACCUCUCAUCUGUGAUUCCAUACCAUGUUGUGCAGCCAUACUAUGUUUCAUAGCGCGCGCAACAGCAAACUUUUUGCCAACUUCACGUAAUCCCCGGAUGCUUUCACCCAUAGAACAUAAUAAAGCAACCAGUGCGACAUCAUUGGCCUGGGCGAGGGACUCAACAGAGAUAGAGUCUGAAUCUUGUGGAUUUAGGAGAGUCAGGUGGGAUAUGAGUGAAUAGAUACUUCGAAGGAUAGAAUUGGAAAGUGGAGGAGAGGAAGGGGAAGGGAUCACGCUAGAAGUUGAAGACUGUGCGGAUUGAAGGUAUGCUUUGAUCAGACGGAGACGGGAUUCGAGUGUUCUAACAGCUCCCAAACGGACGGUGAGGUUCGCAAUUACUAUAACUUUGGUCAGCUGGAAAAUAAGAUAAAUUAUUUCCACAUUGGAAUUGCGCAUACGGUCUU